GCAGUGAUGAAGCAAAGAGGAGGAAAAGAUUCCCGUUCCCGAAUUCCUCGUGCACCAGAGCUGAUCAGUGCAAUCCCAGGAAGGUUAUUUUAGAGAGGCAGGUGCUGUCCCUAACUCAACAUAAACACACCAGGGGAAAAAAAAAUCCUCUCACCUCCUUGUGGGGUAGAAAUUACUGAUUGGUUUCUUCUUAUCUUGUGCAGUGCUUGACUCACAGGGUUAUACAGCAACAGUUUCCAAGCUCAACUUUUCAGCUUGGAGCAGGUCUGGAGCUGGGAGACGUUCCUCUGGCCGCUGGAACAGUGCUCCCACCAUGUCUGGGAAGAGGUCCAAGUGCUGCUCCUCGCGCCUGCGGGUGAUCCUCAUCGUGUGCCUGGGGCUGAUGAUCACGUUGACCGUGGUGCUCCUCGUCCUCCACUUCCUCAACAAACGCAGCAAUGAUUCCAUCAACAUACCAGAAACAGCAAACUACUUGCUGGGCGUAGGUCGAGCUGACUGCACGGGACCAGUGGCACAAGUUCCCUUGAUGGGCUAUGCCAACCCGGAGCAGGCGGCUGGUGGGCUCCUCACACGCCUCUACAGCCGAGCCUUCAUCAUGGCAGACCCUGACGGCUCCCGGCGGGUGGUGUUCGUCAGCGCUGACAUAGGGAUGGUGUCCCAGAGGGUGAGGCUGGAGGUGCUCGAGAGACUGAAGAGCAAGUAUGGUGACCUGUACCGGCAGGACAAUGUCAUCCUCAGCGGCACCCACACGCACUCGGGGCCGGGGGGGUACUUCCAGUACACCCUCUUCUGGAUCACGAGCAAAGGGCUCAUCAGACCAUCCCUCAACUCGAUCGUGAAUGGCAUCGUGAAGAGCAUAGACAUAGCACAUGAGAACAUGAAGAGAGGAAGGCUUUUUAUAAACAGAGGCACUGUAGAAAAGAGCCAGAUCAACCGAAGCCCUUUCUCCUAUCUCGCCAACCCAGCAUCUGAGAGAAGCAGAUAUUCAUCCAACACAGAUAAAGAAAUGGUGAUUCUGAAGAUGGUAGAUGAAGAUGGACAAGAGCUAGGCCUUAUCAGCUGGUUUGCUGUGCACCCCGUCAGCAUGAACAACACAAACCACCUCGUGAACAGCGACAACGUGGGCUACGCGUCCUACCUGUUCGAGCAGGACAAGAACAAGGGAAUGCUCCCUGGAGAGGGCUCUUUUGUUGCUGCCUUCGCCUCCUCCAACCUGGGAGAUGUGUCGCCCAACACCCGAGGCCCAACCUGCGCCAACACGGGCGAGUCGUGCGACAACCCCCAGAGCUCCUGCCCCGUCGGAGGGGCAGCCAUGUGCAUGGCCCAGGGUCCUGGGAAUGAUAUGUUUGAGAGUACAAGGAUUAUAGGGCAAAAUCUCUACUCAAAAGCAAAGGAGCUGUAUGAAAAGGCCUCCCAGGAGGUCACGGGGCCCCUGAGCUCAGCCCACCAGUGGGUGAACAUGAGUGACGUGUCGGUGGAGCUCAAUGCCACGCACACGGUUAAAACAUGUAAGCCAGCCCUAGGACACAGCUUUGCCGCGGGGACUAUCGAUGGCGUGGGCGCUUUCAACUUCACACAAGGCGCAGUAGAAGGUGACCCGUUCUGGGAUCAAAUCCGGGACCAGCUGCUGGGAGAGCCAUCAAAUGAAACAAAAGCCUGCCACAAACCCAAGCCAAUCCUCUUCAGCACGGGAGAGAUGACUCGGCCCCACCCGUGGCACCCGGACGUGGUGGACGUGCAGAUCGCUGCCAUCGGAUCGCUGGCCAUCGUUGCUGUGCCCGGAGAGCUCACGACCAUGUCUGGCCGCAGGCUGCGGGAAGCUGUUACAAGUGAAUUUGAUUCCCAUGGGACACCAGGGAUGAAUGUGGUAAUUGCAGGUCUGUGCAAUGUCUACACCCACUACAUUGCCACCUAUGAAGAAUACCAGGUUCAACGAUAUGAGGCUGCAUCGACUAUUUAUGGGCCACACACCCUCUCUGCCUACAUCCAGCUCUACAGAGGACUUGCAAGGGCUAUUGCCACGAACACCACCCAGGACUUGCCCCGUGGUCCAGAGCCCCCAUUUUUCAACAUAGGCAACCUGACCUUGGUGCCCUCCCUCGGCGUCGAAAGCGCACCGACCAACAAGACGUUUGGGGAUGUGCUACAGGAAGUGAGGCAGCAGUAUCGAGUGGGAGAAGUUGCUGAAGUGACUUUUGUGGGAGCAAACCCCCGGAAUUCCGCGGAGAACGCGACUGAACACAACUUCCUGACGGUGGAGAGGCACACCAACACUUCAGGCACCUGGCAAGUGGUGCAGAACGACGCCUCCUGGGACACCAGGUUUUACUGGACCAGAGGAUCCCUGAGUCAGAGCAAUGUGACCAUUGAGUGGCACAUCCCUGCUGGCACAGAGCUGGGGACGUACCGGAUCCGCUACUUCGGGCACUACAAGAAGAGAGUGUUCCUCAUUCGCACCAUCACCGUUCCCUUUGAAGGCUCCUCCUCGGCCUUUGAAAUCACAAGUCCAUAGCUGAUCUCAGUCAUUAAAUCCAUAGGUGAUCUCAGUCAUUAAAGGAAUUGUUUCCCUUGAGCGGGAGGUUUGAUAUCUGGGGGGUUCUGUGCAGGGCCAGGAGUUGGACUUGGAUGAUCCUCGCGGGAUAUUCUGUGAUGU